GUUCUUGCUACGACAAUCGUUGUAGUAGUUACUUACUUAAAUGUGUGAUAUGGUCAAGUGUCACAGCAUAGAGCUUCUUGUACGUCGUCGCUCCGGCUAAGAUUCCACACGAGGUUCUAUUUGGAUUACUACAGUUUUAUUAAUUACGAUUGCAGAAAUAUGCGCGGUCGGACGAGACCCCGGAGGGCGCAGUGGGCCGCCCUAGCAACAUCACACGAGAGAAUGACUGCGCAGUUGCAAGCUAGCAACAGCACAAAUCCCCCCGCGGGGUUGGCGUCGACGAAAGAACAGCCGGCUAGUGGUAGAAACAGCACAAACCCGCCCGCGGAGUUGGCCCCGGCUAAGGAAGAUGAAGCGGUAUCCUGUGCAAAAGUAUCAUACUCGUAGUAAUUGCAGUCAUGCAUUACAAAUCUCCUUUCCAAGGUAAAACAGCAUGACAAAUUUUAUUUCUCAUGCUGAGCAAAUUUGUCAUGCAAUUUAUACUAGUACGAAUAGGAUGCUUUUGCAAUGCAUAAACGGCUGGUGGCAGCAACAGCACAAAGACAAACCCGCCCGCGGAGUUGGCCCCGGCUAAGGAAGAU